AUGCUCCCACCGAAAAUACCACCUGGUCGUAACAAAGUAAGCGAAAAUAAAAGGAGGGAAAUGGCUCCCUAUGUGAAUGCUCUAAAAUGCGUAGAUUUCGAACCUCCAUUUUUUACUAUCGAAAUCCAAGUUGCAUAUGAAACAGUGGAGUUUCUUUGUGAACUAGUUGCCAAUCUUGGUCCUAAAUUACGUACUGCCACUCUGUUAUCCAAAGCUAGAAGAGUUCGACAUGGUCCAUUGACAGCACAGGAUGCGCUACUUCAAAAACAUUUGGAGAAGAUACCUGUUGAAUUUUAUCACGAAUAUGUUCAGUGUGUCAAUGAUCUGUUGGCGCGAUACGAAAUUGAUGAUGUUGAUCUAGUUAAGCCACCAGAAGAAGCUUUAGAAGAGAAUCCUAAUAUUCUGAAAUGUUUAAUCAGUCGUACACAUGGUAAAUACGGUUACCAUGUAUUUGAAAAUUUGUUCAAAUGCACUGAAUUAUACUCAAUUGGUGUUGGACACAGUGAAGAAAAGAAACGUCAUAUGGUGCCAAUAAACUCAUGA